GUGAACAAGAAGCUACGCACUAGCUAGCUUUUUCACUUGCCUCUCAAGUCUCAACGGUAAGCAUAAGCCCAGCAGAUGAGGUUAUUUUGUACUCUCUUGCUUUCAAGUUUCAGCUCUUUUCAGGCCUUAUUUUUUCUUUUCCCUUGAAGCUUUGAUGUUUCAGUUAACCAGUUCCUCGGCCACCCAUUUGACAAUCUCUCUCUCUCUCAAAGUUCAAAAUCCAGAUUCCAACGAAAUGAUGGACUUAUCUUUGUUUUUUAUUUUCUCUGCGGGAAUCUUGUAACUAAUUUCACCCUUUCCUUUCUAUUACUUGUUCUCCAAGAUCAAGUAUGUACAGAAAUUUUAACCCACAUCCACUCGUAUGUCUCUCAGGGAUAAUGAUGUUUCAGGCUCGGUUUAUACUCUAGAUUACAUUAUCUGCUCUACAGCUUUUGUUUCGAAAAGAAAGUCAUUCAGUUCUUUAUAUUUGGUACUUCUCUUGAAGAGAUGGCUCCUUGCUCACUUGUAGUAACAAUGGAGAAUCCCAACAGCUUCUCUGUAAUGGAGAUCGAUGGUCGUUCUUCAUCAGUAUUUCCAGAAAAAGCAAAGGCUAAAAACACUAAGCAGUUUACGUGGGUUCUUCUCCUCCGAGCUCACAGAGCUGCUUCUCGCCUUUGCUGGUUAGCCACAACUUUCUGGAUAAAGCUUGCUACUGCUAACAAACGAAUUGUCUUCUUGAGAAGAACAGAAGAGCCCAAGAACAGGGGAAGGUUGUUGAGGUUUAUCAGAGCUUUUCUUGCUGUUUCAGUGGCAGCUCUCCUCUUGGAACUGUUUGCCUAUCUCAAUGGCUGGGAUUUGGGUCUGAUUCAAUCAUUGGAGGUUCAGGGAAUCGUGCACUGGUCUUACCUGGCUUGGUUGUCUUUCAGAGCUGAUUAUAUUGCUCCCCUGGUUAUGGCGCUUUCAAAAUUCUGCAUUUUACUUUUCAUGGUUCAAUCACUCGAUCGACUACUUCUCUGUAUCGGGUGUUUCUGGAUUAAAUAUAACAAGUUAAAGCCCACGGUAGAAGUAGAUGCAUUUGGCAUUGAGGACCCUUCUGGUUUUCCUAUGGUUCUUGUUCAGAUUCCCAUGUGCAAUGAGAGAGAGGUAUACGCACAAUCCAUUUCUGCUGCUUGUCAAUUGGACUGGCCAAGGGAUCGACUCCUAAUUCAGGUCCUAGAUGACUCUGAUGAAGAGAGUGUACAGCUUCUAAUUAAAGAAGAAGUUAACUCGUGGAACCAGAAAGGGGUUAAAAUAGUUUAUAGACACAGAUUCAUCAGGACUGGGUACAAAGCCGGCAACCUCAAGUCAGCCAUGGCCUGUGACUACAUCAAGAAUUACGAGUUUGUUGCCAUAUUUGAUGCAGAUUUCCAGCCAAAUCCAGAUUUCCUUAAGCAAACAAUUCCUCACUUCAAGGGCAAUCCUGAGCUAGGUCUUGUCCAGGCUCGGUGGUGUUUUGUGAACAAGGAUGAGAACUUGCUUACAAGGCUCCAAAACAUCAACCUAUGCUUCCACUUUGAGGUGGAGCAGCAGGUUAAUGGACUCUUCCUCAACUUCUUUGGCUUCAACGGAACUGCAGGAGUGUGGAGAAUCAAAGCUCUUGUGGACUCUGGAGGUUGGCUUGAGAGAACCACCGUUGAGGAUAUGGAUAUCGCAGUUCGGGCUCACCUCAAUGGUUGGAAGUUCAUCUUCCUCAAUGAUGUCAAGGUACUCUGUGAACUACCUGAAUCUUAUGAAGCAUACAAGAAACAACAGCACCGUUGGCAUUCGGGUCCUAUGCAGCUCUUUCGAUUAUGUCUUCCCAGUAUUAUAACUUCCAAGAUAUCUAUUGGGAAGAAGGCCAACUUGAUAUUUCUCUUCUUCCUUCUAAGGAAACUGAUUCUUCCCUUCUACUCCUUCACCUUGUUUUGCAUUAUCCUGCCACUGACAAUGUUUAUACCAGAGGCUGAACUGCCCACUUGGGUGAUCUGUUAUGUUCCCAUUUUCAUGUCCUUUCUGAACAUUCUCCCAGCCCCCAAGUCUUUCCCUUUCAUAGUACCAUACCUUCUGUUUGAGAACACCAUGUCCGUGACAAAGUUCAGUGCCAUGGUUUCAGGUCUGUUUCAAUUGGGAAGUGCUUAUGAAUGGGUUGUGACUAAAAAGACUGGGAGAUCAUCAGAGUCUGAUUUAUUAGCAGUGGCCGAAAAGGAAUUACAAACUCUGAAUCAAAAGCACCUACAAAGGAGGGCUUCUGAAUCUGGUUUGACAUUGUUGAACAAAUUAAAGGAAACCAACAAGGUCCCUCUUGCAAGUAAGAGAAACAAGCUCUACAGAAAGGAGCUUGCGCUUGCUUUUCUUCUACUCACUGCAUCUGCAAGAAGCCUAUUAUCAGCUCAUGGUGUGCAUUUCUAUUUCUUGUUGUUUCAAGGGUUGUCAUUUCUUGUUGUGGGCUUGGACUUGAUUGGGGAGCAGGUCAGCUAAGCAGAUUUUCUACUUGGAGUUCAGUGCCACAUAUAUUGCUAGAGCUACUGCUGAAACUGUCGGAUCCAUUUCUAGUUACAGCACUUCAUACUUGGGUUAACAUUGGAUUUCGGUAAAUAUAGUGAUAAUCAGGGAAUAUGUACGUAUAGAGAUUACACCACUCACCAGUUGGACUGAUAGAAACCUCUUCCCAAUCUAUACUGGUUAUUAAUCAUACAAGUAUAUCUGUAUUUAAGAAUUAAACCCGCUUAGAUAACGAGGAUCAAUUCAUAUUGAAGAAUGUAUUGAUGUUUUUUUUAUUCCAAGAAAAGAUGGAAAUCAAACCCACUCAAUGGGGUCAAUUUCAUGGGAAA